GAAAGCAAAAGAACCAAUGAAAUUGGCAGCGCUGUAACAUAAGCUACGCAAACUCUACCUCGCUCAAAUAUACUACUGACUCGGGUCUUCACUAAUUUUUAGCCACAUAAAUUUUCAUACUAAUCACAUAAAGUCUCAUAUAAAUAUAAUUCAAAGAAAAAAUCAACGCAAAGAAAUUAACAAGAUUGUUUAUCCAGUUUGGUGUUGAAUCUCAUAGGAAAAUAAAAUGACUUUUUCUUCAAAAGCUAAUUGCAGUUUUCUUAGGGUCUACCUUCUUAUUAUAAUGUCUUGUGUUGCAUUACAAUGCAAUGCUGAUGCUAUUGCUAACCAAACUUCAACUCUAGUUGUAGAUGCUUCUGAUGGAUUUGGAAGACCAAUUCCUAAAACACUUUUUGGAAUAUUUUUUGAGGAGAUCAAUCAUGCAGGCGCUGGGGGAUUAUGGGCAGAACUUGUGAACAAUAGAGGCUUUGAAGCUGGUGGAACACAAGUCCCAUCAAAUAUUGACCCUUGGACCAUAUUUGGACCAGAAUCAUCUGUUUCAGUACAAACUGAGCUUAAUUCUUGCUUUGAACGCAAUAAGGUUGCUUUGAGAAUUGAUGUUCUAUGUGACAAUUGCCAUCCUAAUGGUGUUGGAAUCUCUAACCCCGGUUUUUGGGGCAUGAAUAUUGUGAAAGGGAAGAAAUACAAGGUAGUGUUCUUUGCUCGUUCAAUAGGAGCACUAAAUAUGAUGGUAGCAUUCAGAAAAGCACAAGGUGGAGAAAUAUUGGCUUCUAGCAAUAUCAAAGGUUCUGCCAUAGAGGUUUCAGAAUGGAAAAUGUUUGAAACAAUAUUAGAAGCAAGUGCAUCAAGUUCUAAUUCAAUUCUUACCUUAACAACAACUCAAAAAGGGAAGAUAUGGUUAGAUCAAAUAUCUGCUAUGCCUGUUGACACAUUUAAGGGACAUGGUUUCCGAAGUGACUUGGUUGACAUGCUGAUACAGUUGAAACCAGCAUUUUUAAGAUUUCCAGGUGGUUGUUUUAUUGAAGGACAAUCAUUAAGAAAUGCAUUUAGGUGGAAAGAUAGUGUUGGACCCUGGGAACAGAGACCAGGACAUUUUGGUGAUGUUUGGAAUUAUUGGACUGAUGAUGGACUUGGAUUUUUUGAAGGUCUUCAACUAGCAGAGGACAUUGGUGCAAUGCCAGUGUGGGUCUUCAACAGCGGCAUCAGCCAUACUGAUGAAAUUGAUACAAGAGUCAUUGCACCUUUUGUGCAAGAUGCACUUGAUGGUAUUGAGUUUGCCAUAGGUCCACCUACUUCAAGAUGGGGUUCCCUUAGAGCCUCUAUGGGACACCCACAACCUUUUGACUUAAGAUAUGUUGGUGUUGGAAAUGAAGAUUGUGGGAAGCUAAAUUAUCUUGGAAAUUACCUAGCCUUCUACAAUGCAAUUCGACAUGCUUAUCCAGCUAUUCAAAUUAUUUCAAAUUGUGAUGCUUCCGCCAUACCAUUAAAUCACCCGGCUGACUUGUAUGAUUAUCAUACUUAUCCUCUUGAUGUUCAACAAAUGUUUAGUAAUGCUCAUGUUUUUGAUAAGACACCACGCAAUGGACCAAAGGCUUUUGUGAGUGAGUAUGCUCUAAUUGGAGAUAGACAAGCCAGGAAUGGAACCCUUUUCGGAGCUGUUUCUGAAGCUGGAUUUCUUAUUGGAUUAGAAACCAACAGUGAUCAUGUUGUAAUGGCUUCCUAUGCACCACUUUUUGUAAAUGCAAAUGAUAGAAAGUGGAGCCCAGAUGCAAUUGUGUUUAACACAAAUCAAGCUUAUGGAACACCUAGCUAUUGGGUGCAAUAUAUGUUUAAAGAAUCAAAUGGAGCACAAUUUCUCAAGUCACAACUUCAAACAACUAAUCACAACUUAGUGGCUGCAUCUGCAAUUCUUUGGCAAAACCCUCAAAAUAAAAAUACUUACUUAAGAAUAAAGAUUGCAAACAUAGGGCACAAACAUGUGAAUCUCAAGAUUUCUAUUAAGGGAUUUAAGAGCAAAAAUCCAACCGAGUCAACAAUGACUAUUCUCACAUCUAAACAUGGAAUGGAUGAGAAUAGCUUCUCCCACCCAAAAAAGAUAAUACCACAACAAAGUCAACUUCAGAAUCCUGGCAAUGAGAUGAAUGUCAUAAUCCCUCCAAUUUCAUUCACAGUAUUUGAUAUGUUAAGAUAAUAAUAAUAAUGACAUAUAGUGUUCAUAAAUAAAUUGUACCUAAAUGUUAGGGAAAUGUUACCCUUUAGAUGAAAAAAAUACAAAAAUACGAGGACAGGUGGCAAUGGAUUCAGCUAACACAAGACAAGAGAAGUUUGUAUAAGAAUAAUGAGGCAAAUGAAGCUUAUGUGGUGAUAUAGAAGCUCAAGGCAAAUGAACAGAAAAAGAGAUAUUAGAAGGGUUAUUAUUGAGAUGGAAAAAUGUGUGAAAUUUUGUAAUUGAUGUGAAAAAACAAUGUUCAUAACAUAUAGAAUUGAAUGAAUAAAAAUGAUGUGAAGACUUCAAACUUA